AACAGCGAUGAUCAAACGCUUGUGUUGGAAUGUCGUAGAUACAAACCAAACAACCCAAGAUGAUGUUUCAGAUAGUGAAGAUGAUGAACAAGUUAUAAGGAAACUGAGUGAACAAUACAAGGAAGAGGCCUUGUCUUUUAACAGUCCCAGUGAAGACCACUCCAUUGCCUCAAGUGACAGCCCAAUACAACAACCCUAUGAGAAAAAGCCAUUAUCUUUGGAGACCAAACACGGAACUUGUCCCAGUGUGAAUUCAAGAAAAGGAAAGAAGCGGAAGUUUUCCAAAGAAGAAUAUCCAACGUCACAAGUGAGCAGUACUAUUGAUUCUCCAUCAUCCAAUCACACUAUAAUGGGUUCCUAUAAAGACCAAGGAAUUGUAUUGAAAGAAAAGAAAAGAAAACCUUUCUCUAUUAGUGAAGAUUACGAAAUAGACUAUCAUCCUUCCAAAGUUCUAACUUGUCGUUUCUGUGACCACAAACUUUUGUUAAACGAGAAAGAUGUACAAAGCCAUAUCAAGUCCAAGGUAAGUAUUCCAUAAAUAAUCCCAACCUAAUGGAUAAUCCAU